CCCGCCCGGCCGCUUCCGGCGGCGCCUCCUGGGAGCGGCUUCGCCUCCGCCGCCCGCCAUCGCCGCCCGCCGCCGCCAUGAACAAGAAGAAGAAGCCGUUCCUGGGCAUGCCCGCGCCCCUGGGCUACGUGCCGGGGCUGGGCCGCGGAGCCACAGGUUUCACCACCCGGUCUGAUAUUGGCCCAGCCCGGGAUGCCAAUGACCCCGUGGAUGAUCGUCAUGCUCCGCCAGGGAAAAGAACUGUUGGGGAUCAAAUGAAGAAGAAUCAGACAGCUGAUGAUGAUGAUGAAGAUCUGAAUGACACCAAUUAUGAUGAGUUCAAUGGGUAUGCUGGGAGCCUGUUCUCAAGUGGUCCCUAUGAAAAAGAUGAUGAGGAAGCAGACGCUAUUUAUGCAGCUUUGGAUAAAAGGAUGGAUGAACGGAGAAAAGAAAGAAGGGAACAACGAGAGAAAGAGGAGAUAGAAAAAUACCGUAUGGAACGACCCAAAAUUCAGCAGCAGUUCUCAGAUUUGAAAAGGAAGCUAGCAGAAGUCACAGAAGAAGAAUGGCUAAGUAUUCCAGAAGUUGGUGAUGCCAGGAACAAACGUCAGAGGAAUCCUCGUUACGAGAAACUGACUCCUGUGCCUGAUAGCUUCUUUGCAAAGCAUUUGCAGUCAGGGGAGAAUCACACUUCUGUGGACCCCCGCCAGACGCAAUUUGGUGGCUUGAAUACUCCAUAUCCAGGGGGUUUGAAUACUCCAUAUCCAGGAGGAAUGACACCAGGCUUAAUGACACCUGGGACAGGUGAAUUGGAUAUGAGGAAGAUUGGCCAAGCGAGGAACACCUUGAUGGAUAUGAGGCUAAGCCAGGUAUCGGACUCUGUGAGUGGCCAGACUGUAGUGGAUCCGAAAGGAUAUCUGACAGACUUGAAUUCGAUGAUUCCCACACAUGGAGGGGAUAUCAAUGAUAUCAAGAAGGCUCGAUUGCUCCUGAAAUCUGUACGAGAGACCAAUCCUCAUCAUCCGCCAGCCUGGAUAGCGUCAGCCCGAUUGGAGGAGGUCACUGGCAAACUCCAAGUAGCUCGGAACCUCAUCAUGAAAGGAACAGAGAUGUGCCCCAAGAGUGAAGAUGUUUGGUUAGAAGCUGCUCGGCUGCAGCCUGGAGAUACAGCCAAGGCUGUUGUGGCCCAGGCUGUCCGCCACCUUCCACAGUCUGUCCGGAUAUAUAUAAGAGCAGCGGAGCUGGAAACAGACAUCCGUGCAAAGAAACGUGUUCUUAGGAAAGCCCUUGAGCAUGUUCCAAAUUCGGUACGUUUGUGGAAGGCAGCAGUGGAGUUGGAAGAACCUGAGGAUGCCAGGAUCAUGCUGAGUCGGGCUGUGGAAUGUUGUCCAACUAGUGUUGAACUUUGGCUUGCACUGGCAAGACUGGAGACUUAUGAGAAUGCUCGUAAAGUCCUAAACAAAGCCCGUGAGAAUAUUCCAACGGAUCGUCACAUUUGGAUUACUGCUGCCAAACUGGAGGAAGCCAAUGGAAACACUCAGAUGGUGGAGAAAAUCAUUGACAGAGCCAUCACAUCUCUUAGGGCUAAUGGCGUGGAAAUCAACAGAGAGCAAUGGAUACAGGAUGCUGAGGAAUGUGAUAAAGCUGGAAGUGUGGCCACGUGCCAAGCAAUCAUGAGAGCUGUCAUUGGGAUUGGGAUUGAGGAAGAAGAUCGGAAACAUACCUGGAUGGAAGACGCAGACAGUUGUGUUGCUCAUAAUGCUUUGGAGUGUGCCCGAGCAAUUUACGCUUAUGCCUUGCAAGUUUUCCCGAGCAAGAAAAGUGUGUGGCUGCGAGCAGCUUACUUUGAAAAGAACCAUGGAACUAGAGAAUCCUUGGAGGCUCUUCUGCAGAGAGCUGUUGCUCACUGUCCCAAAGCAGAAGUGCUCUGGCUCAUGGGAGCCAAAUCCAAGUGGCUGGCUGGAGAUGUGCCAGCAGCCAGAAGCAUUUUGGCCCUGGCUUUCCAGGCGAACCCCAACAGCGAGGAGAUCUGGCUGGCUGCUGUGAAGCUUGAGUCAGAAAACAAUGAAUAUGAAAGAGCAAGGAGGCUGCUGGCAAAAGCUCGCAGCAGUGCCCCCACUGCAAGGGUCUUCAUGAAGUCUGUGAAGUUAGAAUGGGUGCUUGGAAACAUUGCUGCAGCCCAGGAGCUUUGUGAGGAAGCCCUGAAGCACUACGAGGACUUCCCCAAACUGUGGAUGAUGAAAGGACAAAUAGAGGAACAAAAAGAGCUGGUAGAGAAAGCACGGGAAGCUUAUAAUCAAGGGUUGAAGAAGUGUCCGCAUUCCAUACCCCUAUGGCUAUUGCUAUCCAGGCUGGAGGAAAAAGUUGGGCAGUUGACUAGAGCAAGAGCCAUCUUGGAAAAAUCUCGCCUAAAGAAUCCAAAGAAUCCAGAUCUCUGGCUAGAGUCUGUACGAUUAGAAUACAGAGCUGGAUUAAAGAAUAUUGCAAAUACUCUGAUGGCCAAGGCAUUGCAAGAAUGUCCCAAUUCAGGAAUCCUGUGGUCAGAGGCAAUUUUCCUUGAAGCAAGACCACAAAGAAAGACCAAGAGUGUGGAUGCUCUGAAGAAGUGUGAACAUGACCCACAUGUCCUGUUGGCUGUGGCCAAGUUAUUCUGGAGUGAGCGUAAAAUAACUAAGGCCCGAGAAUGGUUCCACCGAACAGUGAAGAUAGAUUCUGACCUGGGAGAUGCCUGGGCUUUCUUCUACAAAUUUGAGCUCCAACAUGGCACAGAGGAACAACAAGAGGAGGUGAAGAAACGCUGUGAGAAUGCAGAACCCCGCCAUGGAGAGCUCUGGUGUGAUAUCUCCAAGGAUAUAGAGAACUGGCAGAAAAAGAUCGGAGAGAUUCUUGUUCUUGUGGCAGCCAAACUUAAAAAUACUUUCUAGAGUAUGCUGACUCAGCUGCAUCAAUGUCUCUGUAGGGCUAGCCCUAUCUACUUACCUGCUUUCAGUGCAUUUGUCCUUACAGUGGACAGAUUUUAGAGGACAAGAGAUUGGUGGCAGUAUGAAAGAUCUCUUUCUUUCUUUUUUUUUUUUUUUUUCCCAAAAAGAAAAAGGUCUAUUUCCUUCUCUUCCUGAUGUAGUGCUCUUGGCUCACAGGUGCAGUCAUCAGCUAUGUGCAGCACAAAUGCAUCUAAAUUCUCUCUGAACAUUGCUGCUGAGGCAAAUGUAGGAGAGUUGAGCAUUUUGAUGCUCAAUUGGCAUUUUCAUUUUGAUGCCUGAAUCGCUUCUGUAAAUAUGAGCCUUAAUUAUUGCUUGUUGGGUUGCUGAUGUUUAGCAGUUCCUCUGGUUUCUCCGCUAGCACGGAGGUGCCUGUCCUGCCACCCUUUGUGCAGUUUCUUUAGUGUUUGGCCCAUCUGAUGCUGUUUUUUUGUCAGCAGAUCUGUUUGUUUGCUAUCUGAGUACAUAGAAUUUACUCUGAAGAGAUGUGUGGAAGUCUGCUGGGGGGGGGGAGACCAGGCAGUGGAGGAGAGUGGCUGAGGUGACUCUUUCCUUGGGUACAAGUCUGAUUUGACUUGGUCUCCUUUGCUGUCAAGCUGCAACACAACUAAGAUUUCCUUAACCUGAGCAGAUGAAGCACUUUGUGAAAUUCAAGAGCAUAUUUUUAAAGACCUUUCAGCUUUUUUUUUUUAAUGUAUAUGAUGUAACAUUCUUUUAGGUGUCUGACUUCAUUAAGCACAGUGAUAUUUUAAAGUAAGAAGGCAAAACCUAAUAAUCCCUGAAGACCCUUUUGAAGGAGUUAACCUUUCAUUAGAGCCAUUGAGAGACUGCGUUUUUAAGGCCGUAACUGUUUCCAGUCUGGAUAUUUGGGAUAACUCUUCAAGUGCAUAUGGAAAAAAAGAAAAUUUAUUGGAGGAAGAGCUUUGUGUUUAGGACCCUUUAUCAGCUAUCUUAAGUUUUUUUUGUACUUAUGAUUUGUAUUAUUUUGACCCAAAGAGCCUGAUUUUUUUUCCUGUGAUCGUUCUUUCAGUUAAAAACUAUAAGCUGUCUUAAAUACUAGGAUCUAGCAAAAGUAUUCAGGUAUGUGUACGUGUGUUAUGUAGUGUAUUUAGUCGAAGAAAAUCUUAUCACUUGCCUGGAAAAUAUGUAUGAAAUAUAGUUUGUUUGGGUUUAUUUCCUUAAGUUCUCUUUUGAACGUGGUCUUGCACUUUGGCUCUUACUGGGAAGAGUGGGUCUGAUAGUGCGAAAACCUGCGAACUUAUCAGGCUCCUACUGCUCUGUACAAAGAUGUUGGGAGUAUAUCUGCAGGGGUGGUAACACCAAGUUUUUCCUACAUCCUUCUGCUGAAAUUAGCAUCAUAUUUGAGAAGCCCAUGUCUUAAAACUGAUGUAGAAGUGGUUCACCUUGGAGCAAAAGCCAGUUUUCUUUUGGAUUUAUAACUGAAAUUCUUGUGCUCUCUUGCAUAGCUGGUGAAAAUGUGUGAAGCUGCAAUUUCAUUAAGAAGGGUGUAGGUUACAGAUGCCCUGUGAACUUGUUUUCCAAAGGUGAGUGAAAUGUGUUUGGAGUGGAGAGACACUUGUGCAGAGGUUUUAUGGCAUCAAUAAUUAUUCUCCAUCUGUAUGGCCCUUCAUCAGCCAUAUUGCUUCUGCAUAGCUUUUACUUUGCCUCCAUAACGUCAUCUCAGUAGGUUCUCAGACAUGAGAACCGUGUCUUACUGGUUCAGGAAGUGAUUAUGGUAUUCCAGCUGCUGUGGCACUCCAGUGAGGAGUUGGGAAAACUUGAGUGCAGACGGUAUAUAAAUUCCUGUGCCCUGCAGUAAGACUGCCCAGUGAUGCUCUCCUCUUGCUGGUGUGAAUUUAAGGUGGAAAAAGGAUGGCUGAAACUGCAGAGAUAAUGGUUCUUGCUGCUGGAGAAACUCCCAGAUUGUAGAGAGUGUUUGGAGCGUGUCACCUGAGCCAGGUACCCACUGGUCAGGAUCUGUCCGUUUUCCCUGCUCCUUGCUCAGGUGGCAGCACCUGGCGUCUGUUAAGGCGAAGGCUCUGCUACGUGCACGGGGAUUGGGAUGGUGCGAGGGAAGAACUUACUGGGGACUUUUUUAUGGUCUGUGACAGGAGAGAAUGCUUUCCAGUGCUGUGCUGUGCACUGAGAUGAGUUGGAAGACCUGGGCAAGGAGAACUGUACCAGAUCGCCUGUUUGUUUCCUUGCAGCACCAAACUCCUUUUGCCACCUGCCCUUUGUCUAUUUGACAUUUUUCUUCCUGUGGCCCAGGAUUAUAAGAUUCCUUUUUUUUGAAUGAAACGGAUCAUCAAUCUCGCAACCUUUUAAUGUUUGUAGAUAUCUUUACAUUUUUAAUGGAUUAUGGCUCCUAUAAACUUUCUCUGUGUAUAGAGUUCAAUAAACAAGUUAUAUGGGUCCUGUC